AGGAGGUUGACGGCUGGCUGCGGAUCCCCCGAGUCGUCCUCACUGCCCGCGUCCUCGCUCCAGGCACCAUGUCCCCGGUGGGCUCCCACAGCCACACCCUGCGCCGGCUUCCUCUACCACAGUUGCUGCUGCUGCUGCUUCAGGCCUUGGACAGGGGCCUGGGCCGAGCCAGCCCAGCCGCGGGCCCCCUGGAAGAUGUGGUCAUCGAGAGGUACCACAUCCCCAGGGCCUGUCCCCGCGAAGUGCAGAUGGGAGAUUUUGUGCGCUACCACUACAAUGGCACCUUUGAGGACGGAAAGAAGUUUGACUCGAGCCAUAACCGAAGCAGCUUGGUGGCCAUCGUGGUGGGUGUGGGUCGCCUCAUCACUGGCAUGGAUCGAGGUCUCAUGGGCAUGUGUGUCAACGAGCGCCGCCGCCUCAUUGUACCUCCCCACCUGGGCUACGGCAGCAUCGGCGUGGCGGGACUCAUCCCCCCCGAUGCCACCCUGUACUUCGAUGUGGUCCUGCUGGACGUAUGGAACAAGGCAGACACGGUGCAGGUGAGCAUCCUGCUGCGCCCGCCACACUGCCCCCGCAUGGUGCAGGACAGCGACUUUGUCCGCUACCACUACAAUGGCACCUUGCUGGAUGGCACUGCUUUUGACAGCAGCUAUAGUAGGGAUGGCACUUAUGACACCUACGUGGGCUCAGGUUGGCUGAUCAAGGGCAUGGACCAGGGGCUGUUGGGAAUGUGUCCUGGAGAGAGAAGGAAGAUUGUUAUCCCUCCCUUCCUGGCCUAUGGCGAGAAAGGAUACGGGACUGUGAUUCCCCCUCACGCCUCCCUGGUCUUCCAUGUCCUCCUGAUCGAUGUCCACAACCCAAAGGAUACCGUUCAGCUAGAGACGCUGGAGCUCCCCCCAGGCUGUGUCCGGAAAGCCGCGGCUGGGGACUUCAUGCGGUACCACUACAACGGCUCCUUGAUGGAUGGCACUGUCUUUGAUUCCAGCUACUCCCGCAACCACACCUACAAUACCUAUAUCGGGCAGGGCUACAUUAUCCCCGGGAUGGACCAGGGGCUGCAGGGCACUUGCAUAGGGGAGCGCCGGAGGAUCACCAUCCCACCACACCUGGCCUAUGGGGAGAAUGGAACUGGAGACAAGAUCCCCGGCUCAGCUGUGCUCAUCUUUGACGUGCAUGUGGUCGACUUCCACAACCCUGCCGAUCCAGUGGAAAUCCAGACUCUGUCCCGACCUGCAGAGGCUUGCAAUGAAACCUCCAAGCUUGGGGACUUCAUUCGUUACCACUACAACUGCUCUCUGCUGGAUGGCACCAAGCUCUUCUCCUCCCAUGACUAUGGGGUCCCCCAGGAGGCCACCCUGGGGGCCAACAAAGUGAUUGAAGGCCUGGACAGGGGCCUGCAGGGCAUGUGUGUGGGAGAGAGGCGACAGCUGGUGGUGCCUCCGCACCUGGCCCAUGGGGAAAGUGGAGCCCGAGGUGUGCCAGGCAGUGCUGUGCUGCUCUUUGAGGUGGAACUGGUGUCCCGGGAAGAUGGGCUGCCCACAGGCUACCUGUUCGUGUGGCACCAGGACCCUCCAGCCAACCUGUUUGAAUACAUGGACCUCAACAAGGAUGGAGAAGUUCCCUCCGAGGAGUUCUCCUCAUUCAUCAAGGCUCAAGUGAAUGAGGGUAAGGGACGCCUCUUACCUGGGCAAGACCCUGAGAAAACCAUAGGGGACAUGUUCCAGAACCAGGACCGCAACCAUGACGGCAAGAUCAUAGCCGAGGAGCUCAAGCUUAAAUCAGAUGAAGACCAGGAACGGGUCCAUGAGGAACUCUGAGGGCCUGGCCUCAGACACAGAAGCCCUCUGUUAGGGGGACAGUGGCAGGAGACUGGCCUGCCAACAGUCCCCCCCCACACCUCUCUGUUAACUCUGGGAGCCCCUGGACAAGUACUAGGGGAGACGUCCCUGGGCUUCCCACCAGCCCUGGGUUUCAAUGCACAGCACAGACCUCGAAGCCAUUUGCUCUUCCAAACCCAAACCCCUCCCCGAGAUGCUCGGAGCUGCAGAGUCAAUUUGGGACUGCAGUGUCCAGGGUUGCCUAGCGUUAUUGCUGGCCCCACACCCACAUCUCCUAUGCUCAUCACUUGACUCUUAGCCAGGCUGAGGGCCUCAAACUUGCUCUUAGUAUGUCCUUCAUACCCCCCUGCUCCCCCAUCCCUGCCACCUCCCAUCCCAUUCCUGUCAUGGCAGCUCUCCUGGGACAUGAAAUCAGAGCUGAGUGACCCUAUAGCUCUUCCUGGAUCCUCAGGCAGAAGCAGCCCCAGGAGGGCAGUGGGGUUAUACUGUCAGCUGCCCCGUCACUCACCUGCCUCCUCCCAGGCACUGGACGUCAGGGUUGGGCUUUGGGUAGCUUCUCAUCCCUAAAAAUGGCUCCUUCCUUGAAGGAACCACCGAACGAGAAGGAAAGGAAGGCUGUGUGUGAGGAAACCUCAGAUGGGCUUUAGGGGUAUGGAAAUCUUUGCAUUUGGUGCUAAUUUGGGGCUGAGGUAUGAGGGAGGUAACAGAGCUGUGGACUUUCACAAGGCUGGACUGGUGUCCAAUCCCUUUCUCCUGUGUGUCAAUAAAAGGUAGAACCUAA